ACUGAUCUUGCUGUUUGGAUGUGCAGACACGGACUUUAGUUGAUGUGCGAAACCAACUAAAGAAAGAUAAGCAAACGGUAGAAAACGACCUGGCCGCCAGUACCAAGGAACUAGAAACGUCCAAGAAACUGAUGGCGGUAGCCAACAGCCGCAUCAACAACCUGACGAGGGAGAAGGACAACGCUGUGAAGCUUUAUGGCAAGCAGGCCAAGUCCAUGGAAAAGCAGACGGACCUGCUGCACCUACAGGAGCGGACCAACCACACCCUCAGCCGCGAGAUCAUGGGUUUCCAGCGAGAGUCGGAGAAGCAGCGGAGGAUCAUCACCCAGCUGGAACUGGAGCGCGACCGUUACCUCCUGGAAAACGAUAACCUGUCGCAGCGUUACAUGAAGUGCAUGGAGGAGAUCCAGGUGCGAGACCUGCAGAUCAUGGACGGCAAGAAGCACGUGGAGGAGGUGGAGACGCGCCUGAAGAUGCAGCAGAACUUGUACGAGGCUGUUCAUGCCGACCGAAAUAAUUACAGCUUUAAGCUGGUGGAGACACAGGACGAGAUGGCGGUGAUGCGGAACAAGGUGCACGUGCUGGAGCACCAGAGUCAGCAGCUGAAGGAGGAGGUGGCCGCCACGGAGGCACUGGUGAACAAGGAGCACGUGGAACGCUCGCGGGUGGAGAAGGAGCGAGAUGCCGCCAGCGCCGAAGUGCAGACUCUCAAGGCAAAGGUCCACGAAGCCAAUGAGGCGAUACAAGAGCUGAAGAUGACGGAGUGUAAGCUGCUGAAGAUAAUCUCCGCCACAGACCGCACAUGCAAACAGCAGAAGCGCGAGUUGGACAAGAUCCUGAACGAGCGGGACGUGCUGGGAUCGCAGCUCGUCCGGCGGAACGACGAGAUGUCGCUGUUGUACGAGAAAACCCGCUUGCUCACCAUGCUCAUGAACAAAGGUUACGUGGCCUAUUACCAGAGGCUGGAGGAUAUACGACUGCUGCGGCUGGAGGUGAAGCGGCUGCGGAACGACAAGCGGUGCUUGGAGAAGACGGUGCAGAACGUGCACGACUACCGUCAGGAGCUGUACCAGUGUCACCGUGACCUGCUGCACGAGCGCGCGCGCUGCGCCGCCCUGGAGACUGAGCUGUCUCACCCUCGACAGAUCCACCGCUGGCGGGGUCUGCAAAUCAGUGACCCUUCCAGGUUUGAGCUUAUUCAGAAAGUACAGAUGCUGCAGAAGCGGCUGAUCAGCCGCACGGAGGAGAUUGUUGAGGUUGAGCGCGUGCUGCAGGAGAAGGACCGCCUGUACGUGGAGCUGCGCGCGGUGCUGGAGCGACAGCCGGGCCCCGAGAUCAUCGAGCAGUUGGCCGUGUACCAACGGGUGCUUCGCAAUAAAAACAAGCAGCUAAAGCAGCUGACAGCGGAGCUAAACAUGUUUGAGACGGACACCAAGCUGCAGAAGCACGACAUCAACAAGAUGGAGAAGGAGGUCACGGACCUCAAGAAGAAGUAUUACAAAGAGAAGAAACACCGACAAGAAAACCUGGAUAAAAAGAUCUUCGGGUUUCGCAGAGCCCUGCUACCCAGACCGCAGUUCACUGGGGGUGGAUUCAAGCUUUCAGUCUGACCAAUGUUUGUGUUUUGAGUCCCACCCUUUGGUUCACAAGGUCACCUCAUGGUUUCUGCCUUCUGUGUUUUGUUCUUUCUGCGGACACCAUCCAAGAUGUUACACGUGUGUCGAGUGAAAAGCCACGUCUUCGACAUUUGCAUUUACGCAAUAACGGAUCAGUCACUAACGAUGAGAUUAUGCAAAUCCGUUAUUACGCCUUUGUAAACGGAUAAGGGAAAUUCUACAUACGUCUACCUCAUGCCAUUCCUGGGUGGUCGGAAGUGCCAGAGUAUUGAGAGAACAAUCACUUCAUGUCCAAUCCACGACAACACGCAGAAGACACUUGCAGCUAUUCUGCAACGACUGACGCAAUCCGCUUGGAGUAUUUUCUUCCUCCGCCCAACGUUGACAAGCGAAAGAUGUGUGAACACAAAUGUCAGAAGUGCAUUUUCUUCACAAAACGCAAACAUAUACACACACACAAAACAAUUUACUUAUUUAUAUUUUUAGGUGACUCUAACAACUCUGACUCAUUUUAAAAGUGUUUUAUGUGACGUAUAGAUAUAUCGCCGACAUUAGCCUUUUAUUAUUAUUAUUGUUAGCUGAUUUACUUAGUUCAGCUCUCACAGAGUGCUAUAACUGUGAACAACUUCCCUGUCAAUGUAGACGACAAAGUUUCAAGGAUGACAAAUGUAUAAGUGUACCCGAGAAGCUGGUACACCCAGCUCAACAAACAUGACGGUUCAACGUGUAUGGUGGCAAUGGCGAAAACUUUCGCUGCUACUCAUUCACUCUGCUAUAAAAUUGCCAGACGCAGCAAUGCAAUUCAUAAGAUUGUGUGGACCUUGGUCUUCAAUGGUGUGCUGUGACAAAAUUCAGAGACACACGACAGAAGCAAUAAAACAAAAACUACAGCUGUGCAGUUGAUAAGAUUGUCUGGACCUCAGUAUUCACAUGUGCUGCUUGUCUCUGUCACGGCCUGUCUCUAGGAGAGCCUCUGGAGAUUAAGUUUGCAUACCCAUAUGCGUCAUUAUAGACUUGUUUGGCGAACUGAUAGUUUAAUGUAGUAAAUAUUAAAUGAUUUUUUUUUCUAUUUAUAUGUGUAUAAUUUAUACACCAUCGUUGAAAGCAGACUGAAAUAAAGAUUUGACUUUUGUC